AUGAGAAACAGGGCUAGCAACACCUUGUCGAAAGGCAAAAUUCGUCAAUCAUGGAGCAAAUACAACCUCUAUAACCUGCAACGAUUCCGCAGCCCACCUACCACCAACCGCACAUUCUUCCAACAGAAAUGGUCUGCCAAGGCAGUCUCGCGUGCUUACCACGGCGAGCAAGUCCGCGAAGGACAAUGGAAACGCAUGUUCAACCACCGCAUUCGCAGUGUCAUCCCCAUGAAUGCUUCCGACUUGGCCGCCGAUGACGGUUCCCUCGCCUCAGCCGGUCGAGGCUCAGGACUCGAAACGAAAGAUGGAGAUGCUACCUACCAGAACCGCCGUAUUCCUUAUACUCACAUGGCUUUUGCGCCCCUGGAGCGCCGCUUGGAUGUCGCUAUCUUCCGUGCUCUGUUUGCUAGCAGUGCCCGACAGGCCCGUCAGUUCGUCAUCCACGGAGCGGUUACCGUGAAUGGACAGAAGAUGAGACAUCCCAGCUACCUUCUUAACCCCGGUGACCUGUUCCAGGUCGAGCCGGACCGCGUCAUGUUCGCUACCGGUACCCCGAAAGAUAAGGCCGAGCGUCGUGAGGGCCGCUUGGCUCAGAGGAAACCCGAAGGCGAAGAAGAAUCCAAGGAAGCUGAGGAAGAGAAAGUCGAGGAGGAGUCCAAAGAGACUCCCAAGGAGGAUACCAAGGAGACCCUCAAAGCGCUGAUGCAGCAGGCUAAGUCUAUCAUGUCAUCCGGCAAGGACACACUCCCCGCCAAGCGCAAGCAGGAGCUCCGCGGCUUCCAAAAAGCCGUUCGCCGUGUGUUGUCUCGCUCUGCAUCCAGCACCGUCCUCACAGACAGCCUGGAGGCACAAUUCUCCGAGCUGACACUUCUCCUCAAUGCCAAGCGGGCAGAGAAGAAGCCAGAAAAGAAGGAUGAGAAGAAGGAUAAGCGCCGCUCAGACGACGACGCCGUCGCAUCAAAGGGAGACGAGGAUGUCGAAGUCAGCUCCAAGCUCUCCGAAGCCUUCGAACAGGCCGCACAGGGUAACGAUGUCGAUGCAUCAGAGCUUGAUGACGAGGAGUUUGAUACCCUCAAGCGUGCUCUCGUGCAAAUGCGCGACAACCCUAUCGACAAUACCAAGCCCUAUGCCACACCUUGGCGUCCACGCGACUACAUGUCCGCCUUCACCUUCAUCCCGCGUUAUCUUGAGGUCAACCAGAACAUCUGUGCCGCUGUGUACCUGCGUCACCCAGUGGCACGUCCUGGCAGUGCUGAGGUGCCUACGCCCUUCGGCGAGUCGGUUGCUACUCCGGCUUACGGCUGGUAUUUGAGGAGACGGUGGUGA